UUUCUGCGGAGCUUAUUAUGACGAACAGGCAACAGAUUCCGCUCUCGGACUUUGUGGACCAUUUUAACUCCGGGGAAGCGGCUCCUCAUUUAGACAUUUUACUGCGGGGAGGUUUUUUGGGGCUUUUUGUUGUGGAAGAAAAGGGUUCUGAGUGACCGGCGCCGGCUGAGGCGCUUUUCGACCAGACAAUAAAAGUGUGAGCGAUCAGAUCACAACAAAAGACACAAGAUGACAGAGGGUCGUCUGUGCCAGGUUCACCUCCUCGAUGGCAGGAAGCUGGAGCUGCUGGUUCAGCCUAAGCUGUUGUCUAGAGAGCUGCUAGAUCUGGUGGCAUCUCAUUUUAACCUGAAGGAGAAGGAAUAUUUCGGCUUGUGUUUCGUAGAUGACAAUGGCCACAAUAACUGGCUCCAGCUGGAUCGCAAGGUGCUUGAUCAUGCCUUUUCUAAGACGCCCGGGCCAUUAGAAUUCAAGUUUCUUGUGAGGUUUUACGUUGAGAAGGUCACGCUGUUGAAAGAGAAUACGACAGUGGAGCUUUUCUUCUUAAACGCUAAAUCUUUAGUGUUUAAUGAAACCAUUGAAGUGGCGAGCGAAAAUGUUUUCAAGUUAGCCGCUUUCGCAUUGCAGGAGGCCAAAGGAGAUUAUAGCAGUGCUGAGACGACAGCAUCAAACCUGAAGCAGCUACCAGUUCUGCCCACCAGAGUCCUGAGGGAACAUCCAUCACUCAAUUACUGUGAGGAGAGAGUGAUUGAACACUACGAGAAACUGAAGGGAGUGACCAGAGGACAAGCCAUCGUAAAAUAUCUGGCCCUGGUGGAGUCUCUGCCUACAUAUGGAGUCCAUUACUACCCUGUGAAGGACAAGCAAGGAAUACCAUGGUGGCUGGGAGUCAGCUAUAAAGGCAUCGGCCAGUAUGAUUUGCAGGAUAAACUGAAACCAAGAAAGUUGUUUCAGUGGAAGCAGUUGGAGAACUUGUACUUCCGUGAGAAGAAAUUUGCAGUAGAAGUGAACAACCCACACAGAAGAGCAGUAACCAAACGGACAUUCGGACAAACCGGCCUGGUUAUUCACUCCUGGUAUGCCAGCCACUCUCUGAUCAAAACCAUCUGGGCAAUGGCCAUUAGUCAGCACCAGUUCUAUCUGGACAUGAAACAAACUAAAUCCAACAUGACCACAACCAGAAGCUCAGGAGACAUUGCAAUGGACCUCACAGUGAUCAGUGCUCCGAAGAUCAGUAAACUCUCCAGUGUUGAGAGCAAUAAUCCACUCAUCAUGGCCAGUAACGGCAGCCUCAUUUCAACUGGUUCUGCAGACUCUGAAGUCAGUGAAGAGCAGAAGAAAGAAAAGAUCGCCGAAUUAAAAAAGAAGGAAAAGGACCUUCAAGAUGCACUGACACAAAAACUUGAAGAACUGAAAAAGAUCUGCAUGAGGGAAGCUGAGCUCACAGGCAAACUGCCUAAAGAAUAUCCCUUGGCCACAGGCGAGAAACCACCUCAUGUGCGUCGCCGUGUUGGUGCAGCUUUCAAGCUGGAUGAUCUUAACCUGUAUGACGAGGAGCCACAUCUUAGAAAUCUGGAGAGCAAGCGUGCCUUGCAGCAAAGGAUCGUAGAGGCAGCCGAUAAGCUUGCCAAAGAGAAUGGCCUUGACAAAACAAUGAAGAGGAAAAGAAGACACAACCACCUGGACUCCAUGAGGAAGCUGGAUGAAAUUGAGAAAGAGAUAAAUAACUAUAGGAUGAAAAUAGGAAGGAAACCUCAGAGAACCUCGAUUAUCCUACCAGAUGAUGUGCAACGUUCAGACCUCAGUUCUCUUUCUGACAGCCUUACUCUGGAUGAUGAUGAUGAACUGGGUUCUCAGAGGGAACGUUCCCGAUCAGUCCAGUACUCCCCAAGACUGCAGCAUGCAGAAACUCUGGACACCUGCAGCAAAGACAGACGAGCCUCUGCUAAUGACCAGCACUCACAAAGAAGGCUAAAUUAUGACCAAGUCCAGGAAUCACUCCAUCAUAGUCCCAGUGAUGCCUUAUCAAGCUGCAACAACCCACUCAGACUGCCGUCCAGACAGCCCUAUGAUGCCCGCAGCAUGCCUCCCACCCCUCUCCUCACCCGCAAUGCCUACAGCAGCACACAGCUAAGAUUAGAGGAUGCUCCCCAACAUCUCCAUCAGAGAAGUGGGAGUUUGGAAUCGGUGUCUCGGCUCAUGAUGGAGACCAAACUGCUAGUACCGUCGAUCCCUGUCUCCCCAUCCCGACGCUGCAACAGCACGGAGGUCAUCGACGACGGCUCGUCACACACAAGCCAGUCCAGCAUGGAGUACAGCGCCGCCGGCAACCACACCCACAGGCAGCGAGCUCGGGGCCGCCACAGAAAAGACCUGUACGCCAACACUGGCAGCAUGCCCAACCUGGCUCAGCCGGACACCCGCUACAACACCUACCAGCCCCAAGGGCGGCCCACCACCACGGCCUAUUAUGUCACCGGCUAUCCAAACUACGUGGAGCCAGAACCUUACUCCAGCAGAGUUUACAUGUACGAGGAUGAGAUUGAGGGACACUACAACAUCAACCCUUCCUACCACCACACUCAGGCAGCUUACUACAGCCACGACGUCCGCUCUCAGUACACCUCAGACGGGAUAGACGUCGUUUCACACAACGUUUAUGGCACGCUACGGCCGUCCAGGAACCGUCCGGCACACCACAGCACCGAGCAGGUCAGCAAGAACAUCCAGAGGGCACUGGUGGCGGAACACCUGAAAGGCUGGUACCAACGCAAGGCUCCGCAAAAACAGGGAAUAUAUAACUGUGACUACGACAGAGGCUCCCAGCAGGGCCUGAGCAUGCCUGCACCUUAUCCUCAGAACCACAGGAAUGUGUGUUACUCCUCAGCGUCGUCAACCUCCUCCAGUGGAAACUGGCGCAUGAGUAAUCGUGGUAUAUCAGAUAAUGACAUGCCCAUCCGCGAGUCGAUCUCCUACCCGUACAGCGCAGCCCCCUACAGCCACCCGGUUCACAGCAGAUCCGCCACCUCCCAGCUUUUAAAAGGCUGUUGGUACAGUCCUGACAGCCAGAGGCGCUGUACUUUUUCUCCCACUAGUCCUUCCUCCUCCUCCAUUCCCCCUUACGAUUCCUCCCUGUCCUCUUCUUCGUACUCCCCUGGCUGUCGAGUCAGGCAAGUGGUUUCUGGCCCUGCGCAGCAACAGCUCCCCUUGGCCCACAGGCUCAGUAAGGUGUCUUUUGCAGAAGGUAGCUCAUAGUCCUAUGUAGAUGUAAGACACAUGGACUCCCAAAUGAACAACCCAACGCACAGUGUGGACCCAGAUGAGCAGAUUUUCUGGCAUGAAGGCUCCAAACAAGGAACUAUAGUCUAGUUGGGUGUCGUGUUGUGUGGGAUUUGUUUGCAUUGGCAAGCUGUCAUUGUGCCUUAGACUGCACUUACCUGUUUUUUUUUUUUGUUUUUAUUUUCGUUUUUUUUUUGUUGGAAGAGCCCUACAAGAAUGAAGAAACUUAAUGGAAUGAAACAAAUGAAGUGCUUUCAGUUUCAAACUUCUCUUGAAUGCAGUUUGCAGACUGAUAAAAGGCCUCAGAUGAAGUUCAAUCCAACCUCAGUGGAGUGUGCAUAUGAGGGUUGGAAGUGUUUGUGGUGGUAUCAGCCCUGCACUGAAACUAAACCUACUAUGGACUGUAUGUUUCAGCCAAACGGAAAUCAGAAUACACUUUGACGAUGUUUACCUCCAGAGAUACAAGCCUUCACACAGAACUGAGUCUGUCUCUGCAAAAAGGAACCUGAACGAUGACGAACAACAUGAAUGACUGACCCGUUUCUCUUCCUGACUGUCUUGUAUGAACGCUGGAACCACAAAGGAGGUUCCAGCGUUCACGAUCAUCUUCAGCGUUCAUGUUGAUACACGAAUCCUUCAUGUAUCGAGAUAAAGGAUUAAACUCAAGAUGAGUUAAUAAAAACGAUACUUAAUGCAGAUUAUCACAGCAUCUCCUCCACUACCCAUUUAGUCGUUCCAUUUAUCACUAAAUACAAAAUAAAAGAGCCAAAUCCUUAUUUGUAGCACCAUGUGAGUAUUACAGCAGGUAAUAGGUUUGAGAUUACUGCCACUACUGUUUUGUGUUUGUUAUAACAUGGUUAUUUGAUCCAUGCUGGAAAUCAUGGGCCGGUGCUUGUCUUUUCUCACUAGAGAAUGAACCCGUAUGUAAGUGUUGUUAUUGUAAAUAGAGUUGUUCUCUCCUUUGUAGAGCGUUUUUUUGUAUAUUUGACAAAAAGGCACAUGUAAUAUAUAGUGAACAAUAAUUGUUAAGCUGGUUCUUAGUUAUUUGUAUAAUUGUGCAUUUGUUUGCAAUAAAAGGUAUUUGAGCCAG